AUGUCCGCUUCUCCGGCCGCCUCGAAUCCCUCCUUCUCGAUGUCGGCCUACAUGGUCCCCUCCACCCAAAACCCAUACUCGUCCGCCUCCGAUGACGAUGUGGCCUCCCUGCCUUCAGAAGCAACAACUGAGUCAGAUUUGGAUACCCUGUCCGAUGAUUUCUCCGAUGCGGAGGCCGAGUGGAGAGAAAGCCUGGAUCAAUUGGAGUUACUGUUGACUAUGGUCCUGGUACCUUUCGUGGGGAAGUACCUUGGGCGACGGUGUGCAUAUUGGGGUUGGACGAGGUACAUGGAAUGGAAAUACCCCGUUGAAGUGGUCAUGAGAAGCCCCGGGGCCUUCAGAGGUGCUGGGGUCAUUGAAGCUGCUGCCACUCUAUGA